GGACCCAAACAUCGCCAUCGACAACUAGUACACCUAACGAAACCGCGACGCGUUCCCUCUCUUAACAAAAUUUCAUUGAUAACGUUGCCUUUUGAGUUAGUCUCUCAUAUUCACAUUUUCACGCAAACUGAACUGAGUUCAAAAACCAGUUUAAACUGCCCCCCAAUAGCUGUCCCUUCUCUCUCCAGAUCCUGAAAUGAAGGGAACAUUCUUGUUCAUCCUCGUUCUCUUCAUCUCAGUUGCAUGUUCUUCCGGUAUCAAGAUCGGAGAGACUUGUUCUUCUCAGAAUACUUGUGACUCAGGAUUAUCAUGUCAAACAUGCCCUGCUAAUGGAAACACGAGAAGCAGAUGUACCCAGAUCCGACCAUUAAAUCCCACAUCGAAGGUGAAGGGUUUGGCAUUUAACAAAUACUCAUGGUUGACAACGCAUAACUCUUACGCUAUUAUGGGUACAAAAUCGCCGAUUGGAUCAUUUAUUAUAUCUCCUAUGAACCAAGAAGAUUCUGUCACCAAUCAACUUAAGAAUGGAGUUAGAGGGCUUAUGCUGGACAUGUAUGACUUCAACAAUGACGUUUGGUUAUGUCACUCAACUGGUGGCAAGUGUAUCAACUAUACAGCAUUUGCACCAGCAACUGAUGUACUUAAAGAGAUCCAAGUAUUUCUAGAAGCAAACCCGUCUGAGAUCAUUACUAUUUUUAUCGAGGACUAUGUGACAUCCUCACAAGGCUUGACAAAGGUUUUCAAUGCAGCUGGUCUAAGCAAAUACUUGUUUCCUUUGUCAGCAAUGCCCAAGAGUGGUGAAGACUGGCCAACAGUGGACGAUAUGGUUAAGCAGAAUCAGCGAUUGGUGGUCUUCAGCUCUAAAUCAACUAAAGAAUCUGAGGGAAUAGCUUACCAGUGGAAAUAUGUGGUAGAAAAUCAGUAUGGAAAUGAGGGCAUGGUUGCUGGUUCAUGUCCAAAUAGGGCGGAAUCUUCUCCUAUGGACACAAAAAAUAUGUCACUGGUUCUUAUGAACUACUUUCCUACCAAUCCCAAUCUUUCAAGAGCUUGUGUGGACAAUUCAGAUGCACUAGCCAAGAUGAUGAACACUUGCUAUGAAGCUAGUGCCAAGCGGUGGCCAAACUUCAUUUCUGUUGAUUAUUACCAGAGGAGUGAUGGUGGAGGAGCCCCAGAAGCCACCGAUGAAGCAAAUGGUCAUCUUACUUGUGGAUGUGAUAAUGUAGCAUAUUGCAAGGAAAAUGCCACAUUUGGUACAUGCGACGUCCCAAAACUUGCUCCUCCUCCACCUGCAGCUGCAGCUUCUCAAACUCCUACACAAAGUAGUAAUAACAGUGCUUAUAUGGAGAGUAGACCUGCUUUACAAUGGUUGUUCGGGACAGUUAUGGCCGCAACUCUAUUAUUAUUGUUGAAUCAUCAAUAAAGGCUUGUGUUAUUUCA